AUGGGCUGCGCAGCCAGCAAGAGUGUGCUCGACCCGUACGACGAUGCCCUCCCCGUGCUGUCCGGUCCGCGAGCCAGCAGGGCAUCCGACGAAAAGGUCCUCGCGUACAAUAACAAGUCUCGCAGCGACUCGGAAGGCAGCGCCAGCCGUAGUGCAAGCACUGAAAGUUCCUCCACGCCUCCGCUCGCUUCGCCCACGAUCGUGAUCCAUCCCCCAAGCUGUCACAGCAGCAUGAUAACUCACUCGCCCCGCACAAGCUGGGGCCCCCCGGAAGCCAACCCCCCGCACUCUGCCUUUCUCUCGGCACCGCCCGCUACCAAGGCCCGUCGACGACGCAGCGAACGCCCACCACGAAUCAUGACUCGCGCGCACCUCCUCGCACAGGCCAUCAACUACAUGCCCCGCGACUCGCUGUUGGCUCUGCGCGCCGCGUCCAAAAAGUGCAUGGAGGACGCCGACGCACGCCUGUUCCACCACAUUAUCCUUGACGACGACGAGCCGCGCCGCGCACAAGCUGUCAACGGGAGGGGGGUGCUGCCCUGGCCUAGACCGAUGCCGCCAUCACGCCUCGUGCUUCGAGCGCCGCACGGCCGUCUGCCUUGCCCGCCAUGGUCGAACCGCAACGCACGCGGGCGUAUUGCCAGUCUGCUCGCCCACGUGCGUGUGUUGGACUACCACUGCGAGGUGGACGUUGCGUGCGAACCGGCACUGGCCGCUGCGCUUCGCGGCGUGCAGGUUGUGCGCCGCGUUUGGCCGUCGCCCACCGUGCUGGCGCCAACUGUCGUCGACUAUCUUGAUCUCUCGCAAUCAGGGUACUGGGCAGCGGCAGGAGAGGCACCGCGGAUACAUCCUGUCCCCGCUGGAGUUCGCCGAGUGGUGCUCAAUAUCAUCUACCCCACGCAGCUGGUGGACCAUGUCCCAGAAGUGCAGUUUGACUCGAUCAACUGCUCCGACCUUGUCCUCAAGUUUCACCCUCGCAACAUGCACUCUGUCUCUCGCUCAUCUGAACGCACACCGCCCAACGACCAAGGCGCGGCGCUCACAGAACCCCGGCCGUUUGGCUUUCUCGGCGGCCUCUUGACUCGGCUCGCCAACCAACUCCAAACCUCACGCAUAACAUGGGUCGGUCUGGACGCUGUGCCGCCCACUCUCCUCGGCCUCCCACCGGGCAUGCCGCGGGACAAGAGCGAGCUGGGCUGCCUGCUCGCCAUGGGUGUGGCCGUGUGCGCAGAUGCGGUGCGCAAGGAAAAAGGCUGGGCCUACGCCGAGGGCGAGCGUGCGAGCAGCGUCUGGGGCAAGCUGCACGGCAUGCGCCUGGUUACCGUCACCGACUAUGCGCGCGAGCAGACGCGCGCUCUGGGCAUUGGGGCGGCCGCGUCGCGGAGCAUGCUGGAGGACUUGCCCUCCGAGAGUGCUGCUGCGCGCCUCUGGGUACCGGCUGCUGGAAGCAGGGCUAGCGUUGAGGUUGACAUGGGGCCUGAGCCCGACCGGUAUGUGGACCAGACGCUCACGGCACUGCGGCACUGGAGGAGCGGAUUCGAUGCCGGCCUGUUUGGCGAUGGCCUCUGGGGCCGAGAGGGAGUUCGUGCAGAAUAA